UGAAACCAAAAAGAAGAAUGAUGAGGAGUCCAAUGUCAACGGUAAGCACAUAUAGCCUUAUUCUUGGUCAUAAAAAAAUUCCUGUUUGGGCAUUUCUCUGUGCUAGAAACUUAGCCUAGACAUCUUAACCCUCAACCGCAUCUUGCACGGAUUGGUGGGGGAGGGCUUCUAAGAGCUCAUUUAAAAUGCGCAAUGAUUUUAGUAGGUUAAGCUCCUAAAUUUGUCAUUUCUCGUACAUAACUGUAACAAUUGGAAAACUAAUUUUGAUUUAGUCACAUUUGGUUCCGAUAAAGUCGAGCGAUAACCUUCCUCUGAUUCCAAAGAAAAGUACUGGGAAGCUUCACCGGUUUCUUGGGAAAUAUGAAGGAUCCGAAAAUAAGGUCAACGUCCCUUGUUUUCUUUCCCGAGCUAAGCUAAUAAAACCAGUUAUUCUUACUGAGAACAGAAUCGGAAUCAGAGAUAUUAGCGCAAAGAUUAAUGAAAAUUUCAUAAAGUACAAAUAAGUGGACCAUUAUCAGAGACUUGCAUAGUGUUAGUCUCAAGAAGUUUCUAUCAUUCAACUCAACCGUGAUAGACAUGGAUGAAUUCACUGCUUUCAGUUCCAAAGCGGUUCAGGAGACAAUUAAUAGUGCAAUGGUCAAAGGAACUUGGGUGACACUACAUUAUCAAGAAACUUUAUGUUCAAUUAGUAAUCUGGUCAGGAACAAGGUGGUUCCGCCUGAGAUUCUCGAGCUAGGGAAUCUGAUGACCCCUUUUGAUGAGAAUUUCAGGCUCAUCUUUGUGUCUUCCAAGCUGGAGUAUCCAAAAUCCAUGCUUGAAAAUUGCAUUCUCAUCGGGAUUGAAGAGGAGAAAUUAUUGAUGGAGAAAGAACUUACCAAAUUCAAAAGAGUUAGAGGUGUCAACAAGAAAGACCCAGCUCGUAUGCAGAUGGAAAAUGAGUUUGUAGAAGCUUGCUUUGAAGGAAAUCUUGAUAAAGUCAAAGAAAUGCUCAAAACCCCAUGGGUCAAUGCUAAUACAAAAGACCUUAACCUCAACACCUGUUUAAUGCAAGCAGCUUUGAAAGGACAUCUAAAUGUUUGUAAAAUACUUCUCUAUCACAGUAACGGUCAGGACAUUCAGGAAAAUAUUGAAGAAACCACUGAAAUGCAUGUGCCAAAGGAGCCAAACCUUAAAUAAAUUGGAUGUGAAUUCUGUAAAUUAUGACGGGAAAACUGCUCUUCACAAGGCAGCAUACAACGGUAACUCUGCCGUGAUAAAGCUCUUACUCCUCUACGGAGCAGAUCCUGAGAUAGUUGACUCUAGUGGCAAUAAGCCGAUGGAUUAUAUCAAUAACCAGGAGGCUAAGUAUAUUAUGAAGAAGUGGAAGCCUGAAUGGGCUCAAAGAUCAAAACCACUUAAAUGUACUAAGGAGUUUGAAAAUCCUGAUAAGAUCGAUAUCAAAGAGCUUUCAAGGAAAAUGAAGAAGAAACUCCAAGAGUUUUUAAUUGAAAAGGCCAGGAAUGGAGAGUACUCCAAGAUCUAUAGUUUUGUGUCGAAGGGCAAGGCUACCGUAGAGACUAAAAACUCUGAUGGACAAUCAUUGUUGAGCAUCGCUGUUGUAUAUGGGCAUUUUGAUUGAGUCUAUAGGAUGCUCAAAGAGCUUAGUCCAAAUGUUAAUUCAAGAGAUUCAAAAGGCUGGACUCCACUUAUGAACGCAGCUUUUAAUGGAUACUUGAAGAUCGCUAAGCUAUUGAUUUCCCAUGAUGCUGAUAUUAAUCUGAAAAAUGACCAAAAUAUGAAGGCCCUUGAUCUCGCAAAAGGAGAAGAAUUGAAGAAAUAUUUUAUCCAAGAAACUAGAAACGCCCAUAUCUUUGAUUUCGAGCAAAUCCUUGAGCUUAGUAUGGUCAAUUCUUCAUCAAAAUAAUAGGAUUUAUAUUCCAAAUCCAUAUAAAAUUGAACAUGAAGAAGAGGAAGGGAACAGAUCUCUUUUUGAAAAUUUAAAAAAGGCUAAUAAACAGAUACAUCAAAAUUCUAAACCAAAGCCAGCAUUAAUGAGAUCUCAGGACUCUCAUUUAUUUAAGAGAAAGAGUAGGGUAUUCUCUAAUAAAUCUCCUUCAUCAAAUCGGCGAGUGCACAAAGCAAUUCAGAACCAAAGGCACAUUAACCUAAAGUCGCGUUCAAAAUUACUAAAUUCAAAAUCUAAAAAGAAGAGGAAGUGUUUUAGCCCAGAUAUCACUGCUAAAAAUGGUCAUUUCUUGUUAUUAGACCAUCUCUAGAGCUCUAUAAGCCAUCAAAUUAUAUAAUUAACGCUAAUGU